CCCCCCUCCCCGGCAGGUCCUUCGAGGGCGUUUGCGGCUCAGUUGAGUAGAAUGCCCCCUCCCCUCCCCCCCCCGGUUCUUCGGCAGGACCAAAAGGGGCCUGAGGAAAUGGGGUGGAGGUCGCCGAGCGGGGCAGAAACUGCGGGGCUGCUCGACCUGGAGCGGAAAAGCUCUGCGGCCCCGCUGCCCCUUGACCCCAGAUAUUUCAUUCCUGGAAGCGCUCUGCACAUGCUCGGGAGCACCCUAUCGGUUCCGUAGCCAGGGACGGUGACUUAGUUUAACUCCUGUAGCCUGCGCCGAUUCGACAUCCCCGGAUUGCGGCCUUGGCGGUCUCUGCUCCGCGCCGAGAGCCCCGCCCGCCCGAGCCGAAGCCGCGCUGCAACCGGCAAGGAAGGGCGGCUUCUUGCAGCAAUGCCAUUUACACCUGGGCGAGGAUUUCUACCGAGAAGCCAUCGAGCACUGCCGUAGUUACAACGCCCGCCUGUGCGCCGAGCGCAGCAUGCGCCUGCCGUUCCUGGACUCGCAGACAGGGGUCGCUCAGAACAACUGCUACAUCUGGAUGGAGAAGACCCACCGGGGCCCAGGUGCGGACAUGCCCGCUGGGCACUGCCUGGCACCCGGUCAGAUCUAUACCUACCCAGCUCGCUGCUGGCGGAAGAGACGGCGGUUGAACAUCCUGGAGGACCCACGGCUGCGGCCCUGUGAGUUCAAGAUUGAUUGUGAGCCUCCCCUGAAGAAGGAGGCCUCUCUCCCAGAAGGGCCCGUCCUGGAGGCCCUGCUCUGUGCCGAGACGGGAGAUAAGAAGCCGGAGCUGAAGGAGGAAGAGCUGAUCUUAGACUGCCCGAAGGCUCCUCUUGGCGAAUUCCUGCAUGAUUUGGACCCAGAAGAUCUGGAGGAGGACGUCCCCCGGCGGAAGAACAAAGCCAAGAGCAAGGCCUACGGGAUCGGAGGGCUGCGGAAGAGGCCAGAGGCGGCCCUGAUGGAGGACCGGGACAAGCCCUACGUGUGUGACAUCUGCGGGAAACGCUACAAGAACCGUCCUGGGCUCAGCUACCACUACACGCACACACACUUGGCGGAAGAGGAAGGCGAGGAGGGCCCGGAGCGGCACACCCUGCCCUUCCACCGCAAGAACAACCACAAACAGUUUUACAAAGAACUGAACUGGGUCCCAGAGAACCAGCGCAGGCACACAGCUAAGAAAGCUCCGGAUGGGACAGUCAUACCAAAUGGUUAUUGUGAUUUCUGUCUAGGCGGCUCCAAGAAGACUGGCUGCCCGGAGGACUUAAUCUCCUGUGCUGAUUGUGGACGCUCAGGGCACCCGUCGUGCCUGCAGUUCACGGUGAACAUGACGGCCGCUGUGCGGACCUAUCGCUGGCAAUGCAUCGAGUGCAAAAGCUGCAGCCUCUGUGGCACUUCAGAAAAUGACGACCAGUUGCUCUUCUGCGAUGACUGUGACCGCGGCUAUCACAUGUACUGCCUGAGUCCACCGAUGGCUGAACCCCCUGAAGGGAGCUGGAGCUGCCAUCUGUGCCUGAGGCAGCUGAAAGAGAAAGCCUCUGCCUACAUCACCCUGACCUAGGCUGCAGCCUCAAGGCCCCCCUGCCAGCCUCAAGGCCCUCCAGGGGGCCUGGAAUUGUACUGCAGGCCAUGCCCGGGAGCAGUGCAGGACCUUCACUCAUCACUAAGAGGAACAUCGAGGUCUGGCAUCCAAAAUGUUGAUGAGGCUCCUGUAGUGGGGACUGGCACUUGCCACCUCCUGGCUCCACCUAGGCCACCCCAAUGGGGCCAGUCCACACAAAGCCAUACGCCGGGGGGGGGGGGCAGAGACCAGCCCCUCUGCCCUGGUGGGAGUGGGGGGGAAGCUCCAUCCCUCCAGACUGAUGCAUGUGAUGAAAUUGUUUGCCUUUGCUUGCAAGUCCAGAGGCUGGCUACCUGGAGGGGAGGGGGGGCAUCCUGGCUGUGGACCCCCUUCCUGCCCAUGGGAGCAAUGUGCAAGGCCUUUGACAAGAGUUGGGACCAGCCGGCAGGACGGGG